AUGCCGCACCGCCGCAAUGCUGCCAUGCGUCCCGGCGCGGACGCUGAGAUCCCCCGGCCGCAGCUGCACCCCAACCCUAACGCCACGUAUAAGAAGCCAUAUGUCUUGUCCGUGGCUGCCAUUGGGUGUGCCUACACUCUGAUACUAAUUCCUUUGGCAAUAAUGAGUGUCGUCAAAGGGAAGAGAUUUGGAAGCACAAGUGCUGCAAGGAUCCUCAUCUUCACUGAUGUUGUAUUUUGCGCACUUUUCACCUCGGGAGGUGCUGCAGGACUGGGUCUCGUAGUUGACAAUCAACGUAUUAAUGGAAAAUACUUUGACCAUGGUCUCAGAAAAUUCUACACCUUCUUCGACACCUCAUGUGGUUUGCUCCUAGCAUCCGCCAUCUACACCGUGGUCAUCAUCAAGGUUUCGGUUUAUUCGAAGUAA